AUGGGGGUCUUUUCUUGCAUAUCGCGCACGCGAGCAAGCAAGCAUGAACAAACAAACUUUCCAGGGGCCAUGGGGCUCUUUUCUUGCAUAUCGUGCACGCGAGCGGGCAAGCAUGUACAAACUUUCUACGGAUGCAUAUGGUGCACGCGAGCGAGCAAACCGGUGCAAACAAUUGGUCUUUUCAAAACAUGAUAUCGUCGUCUCUUUCUUAGCGCCAGCUCCAAUGUUUAUAUACAUAACUAUGUAGCGCUAUAGCUCUUGAACACUGUUUCCUUUGUUACGAA